AUGGUUUAUCGAGGACCCUCCAAAGACUGCUUGCCAUGCAGGAAACGCAAGCUCAAGUGCGACCUGCGCAAGGAUGGCUGUGGCCAAUGUCUGCGGGCCAGUAUCGCAUGCUUUGGCUACCGGGAUACCAAUGAUCUCAUCUUCCGCGACCAGACAAGCAGCGUCCAGCGCAAGAUGUUGGCUUCCAAAGCAACGACAGUAUCUUUACAGCUCGGAGCUCUAAACCAUCCCCAGCCGGCUUGGCACCUUCGUGCUCGUCAUGACUUCUUUGCGCACUAUGUAUACGGCCUAUCUAGUACUUACGAUAUCCUGCCUUCGUUGUAUGAGAAAGCAAAGCCGGGAGACCACUUAUCUGCUAGUGUAGAUGCGGCCAGCCUUGCUUUCUUCGCGAAUAAUCACGCGACAUCAUCAACGGAACUUCUGCGGCUGGCUGCCGAAAAUUAUAUGCUUGCCCUGCGGCAGAUUAACAAGGCUCUAUCCAGCCGUGAGCUUGCGAGUGCCGACUCCACCCUGCAGUCAGUGCUACUUCUCGAUCUUUAUGAAAAGAUUAUGGGCCGCGACCUUAUGUCGGAGAAAUCUUGGCUGGCCCACCUCAACGGAGCUCUGGCAUUGAUCAAGGCUCGUGGCUACAAUGACAUGACACGAAGCGAAGUCAGUAGAAAGCUGGCCAACAAACUUUUCACGACACUUCUCAUCAGCUGCUACGUUGCGACUCAGCGGAUACCAGAAGGCGUUGCUGAACUGGGGCGGAGACUUGACAUGUUCCACGACAAGGAUGAUGCCAAGUGGCGGCUUUCCAAUAUGAAUUGUAAAAUGAUCAAUUUCCGAAUAGAUGUCGCUGAGGGAAAGUUGUCCAAGAGCGAAAUUGUCGCUCAGGCUAGGCAGCUUGAGGAUGCUUAUUGCGAAAUUGAAGAGACAUCAUCGCAAAGAUGGCAGCCUAGGCAUGUCAUGGUAUCGGAGGAAGACCCCGACCGAUCCUUCAUCUUUGGCGAUCACUAUGAUGUUUACAGAGAUCAUUUUACAACGCAAGUACGAAACACAGUUCGGAUAAUGCACCUCCAGCUUCAUUUCUACAUCACAAGGGCCUUGAAAGGCGACGAGUCCGACGAAGCUAUUCGCAUUCGCUCAGAAUCAUCCGCCCUUACGGAGCGCUAUGCGGAGCAAGUUUGUGCCUCAGCACCUCAGUUCCUUCUCCCCAAUGUCCAUCCAAACAACUGCAUCCCUUUCACUCCUGUCCAGGCUCUAAAAUGCGGCAUUCUCCUCCCGGCCAUGUUUAUAGCCGGCAGUGCAACAACGAACCCCAAGUUGCGCCUUUGGGUGAUUCACACGAUGAAGUUCAUAGCUGCAUCUGGCCAUCUACGCGCCGCUUCGGUAACAGCAAACAUGUUGGAAGAGAAUCCAAUGCUCGAUUUCAGAUUCAUGUAUGCUAAAUUGGGAGGGUAUGCAUUUACUUCUUGAGAAUGUCCUUCAGCAAGCGAUGGAAAUAUAACACGAAUGUUUUCUUUAGUCUCGCCAUCGCCUAUAAGUGCUACGAAUACAUCGACUGAGAGUUAGAUACGCGGAUCUUGGAGUCUUUCCGAUAUAUACACUACGCUAUUAAGGAUGCAGCAAGCAUGACAAGUCCUCCAAACCCAUCUAUCCCCGAGCACCACUCCUCCCAGCUAGCAGUGCUUCUCGACUGGCCCCUAGUCUCCAAGCACUUGUACGGCAACCAAGCAUCACUGCAAGACAGCUCACGAUCGUCUAGCUUGACAAGGCCACCGUGCGUUGCCAAUCCAAAGGCUCCUUUGUCUCCCAUCCCUCUCUGCCCCGCGGCCUUCCACACAAACUCAUCGCCUGCUUCCCAUAGCUGCUUUUUGGCCGGUAAUGGCGCUAGAAUGAGGUCAGAGGGCAGAUCGCACAUGGCCAUUGGCUCAAAAUAAACGAGCAUAUUCACGACUCGGUAGACGAUUCCUAGUCUUUGUUCAGUUAGCAUAUUAGCAUAGGAAGUUUGCAACGAGGGACAAGGUCCAACCUUCGUCUUGAUUCUCUA